GAUGACUGGAUGACUGGAACACCUAUUCGUGCUCCUUUACCUACUUCAGUUUAUCCUAUUGCAGCUUUACUUACCAUUUCUGCAGGCUUCUUGACUGCUGGCUUAUUUAUAAUUCAAGGAAAUAAAACGCCACUUCUUCAACAACUUAAAACAGCUGCUUUGGCUUCUCUUCUCCUUGGCUUUGGUGCUAUUUUUGCUUCUAAUGCAGCUGGUGUUUAUCUUUAA